UCGAGAUCAGAUGCUCCCUGUGCGGGCUGAGGAGGCAGCAGGCAGCUUCUGCAGGCGGAUUCACAGAGCGGAUAGAGCCUCGCGCACAACUUCUCUCCAGCCCUGCUGCUGCCACCAACACCAACACUGCUGCUGCUGCUGCUGGACUUUUCUUUAGGGGUUUCUUCUUGUGACACAACGAGCUGGACUUUACUUCUUCUGCCAACAUGUAUUCAGCAGCAUUGCUACUGAUGCUGGUCGUCAGGAUCUACGCAGACAGCAUGGAAGGACCAACAGCCGGCUGCACCUUUGACGAGGACUUGGACCCCGGCUUGUGUGAGUACCGACAGGGACAAGACGACGACUUUGACUGGCAGCUGAUCCGGACCUACAACUGGCCGCACCCGACGCCGGAUCUUCUACGAGGCUCCUUCAUGAUGGUCAACUCCUCGCAGCAUUUCGGGGGCCAGAGAGCUCAGCUGCUCCUGCUGCCGCUCAGCGAGAACGACACCCACUGCAUCCAGUUCAGCUACUUCCUGUACAGCCGCGACGGCCACAGCCCCGGGGACCUGCAGGUCUACAUCCGGGUCAACGGGGGCCCCAAGGGCAGCGCUGUGUGGAAUAUCUCGGGCUCCCAGGGACGCCAGUGGCACCAGGUGGAGCUCGCCGUCAGCACUUUCUGGCCCAGUGAAUACCAGGUCAUCUUUGAAGCAACAGUUUCGGAGGAGCGGCAGGGCUACAUUGCCUUGGACGACAUUGUGCUGCUCAAUUACCCCUGUUACAAGGUGCCUCAUUUCUCUCGGCUGGGUGACGUGGAGGUGAACGCCGGGCAGAAUGCUUCAUUCCAGUGUGUCGCCACGGGCAAAGUUUCUGAGUCUGAGCCCUUCCUCCUGGAGCGGAGGAACAGCGUGGUGCUGGACACGUCCUUCCUGUCUCGGCUGAGCCACAAAAGGCUGAUGGCGACUUUCCAUGUGGAGGCGCAGCGUGGGGAGCAGGACCUCUACCGCUGCAUCACCUUGUCCCCCAGGGGCGCCGCUGUCUCCAACUUUGGAGAACUGAUUGUCAGAGUUCCCCCAACCCCGAUCGCUCCCCCUCAGCUGCUGCGGGCAGGUCCCACGUAUCUGAUCAUCCAGCUCAACACCAACUCCAUCGUGGGCGACGGACCCGUCAUUCGGCGGGAAAUCCAGUACCGGGCCAGCCAGUCCACGUGGACGGAGACUCACGGUGUCGGCUCACUGACCUAUAAGAUCUGGCAUCUGGAGCCGGACACAGAGUACCGCAUCAGUGUCCUGCUCACCAGGCCGGGGGAGGGGGGCACAGGAGCCCCUGGGCCCCCUCUGACCAGCAGGACAAAGUGUGCAGAGCCGAUGCGUGCCUUGCGGGGUCUGACGGCCGCAGAGAUCCAGCCGCGGCAGCUCGCCCUUCAGUGGGAGCCGCUGGGCUACAACCUCACCCGCUGCCACACCUACUCCCUGUCCCUGUGCUACCGCUACUCCAUGCCAACAGGGGGCAGCGGAGGCAACAACGCCACCGUCAGAGAGUGCCUGUCCGUGGAUCGUAACACCUCGCACUUCACCCUGAGAGACCUGCCGCCCUUCCGCUCGGUCCACGUCCGGCUGGCGCUGGCCAACCCGGAAGGGAAGAAGGAGAGCAGAGAGGUCACCUUCCAGACCGAGGAGGACAUUCCUGGCGGCAUCGCUCCAGAGUCCCUGACCUUCACCCCGCUCGAUGACAUGAUCUUCCUCAAGUGGGAGGAGCCUGUGGAGCCCAACGGCCUCAUCAUGCAGUACGAGAUCAGCUACCAGAGCAUCGAGUCGUCAGACCCGGGCAUCAACGUGCCGGGUCCUCGCCGCACAGUGUCCAAGCUGAGGAACGAGACCUACCACAUGUUCUCCGGCCUGCACCCGGGCACCACCUACCUGGUGUCAGUCCGGGCUCGAACCGCCAAGGGCUUCGGGCAGACGGCACUCACCGAGAUCACCACCAACAUCUCUGCGCCGGUGUUCGACUAUGAAGACAUCCCCUCUCCGCUGAGCGAGUCGGAGAGCACCAUCACCGUGCUGCUGCGCCCGGCGCUGGCGAGAGGCGCUCCAGUCAGUGCCUACCAGGUGGUGGUGGUGGAGGAGGACGGAUCCCGUCAGGUGAGGCGGAGGGAGCUGGGCGGCGUCGACUGUUUCCCCACGCCCAACUCUCACAGCGAGGCGGUGGCCAAAGGGUCGCCGCACUACUACACAGCAGAGCUGGCUCCCAGCAGUCUGCCCGAGGCCACGCCCUUCACCGUGGGCGACAACCACACCUACAACGGCUUCUGGAACAGCCCUUUGGACCCCACCAAGAACUACCUCAUCUUCUUCCAGGCCACCAGCAACUUCAGAGGGGAGACCAGAAUAAACUGCAUUCGGAUUGCUCGUAAAGCUGCCUGUAAGGACUCCAAGCGAGCUCUGGAGGUUUCCCAGCAUGCCGAAGACAUGGGUCUGAUCCUCGGGGCGUGCGCCGGUGGCCUGGUGGUCCUCAUUCUGCUUCUCGGCGCCAUCGUCAUCAUCGUGAAGAAGGGUAGGAAGAAGGUGGCCAUAAACAAGGCGGCCAUGUCCUACAGGCAGGAGAAGAGUCGGAAGCUGAGCUCCUUGGACUGCAGCAUGACGGAGCAGAGCACUCUCCAGCAGGAUGAGAGGAUGGCCCACUCCUUCAUGGAUGCCCACGGCUGCAACGCUCGAAAUGAGCAGCGGAGCUCCGUCAACGAAUCCAGCAGUUUACUGGGAGGCUCGCCCCACCGCCACAGCCGGAGGAAGAGCUCGCCGUAUCACACGGGGCAGCUCCACCCCGCCGUGAGGGUGGCUGACCUCCUGCAGCACAUCAACCAGAUGAAGACGGCCGAGGGAUACGGCUUCAAACAGGAAUAUGAGAGUUUCUUUGAUGGCUGGGACGUCACGAAAAAGAAGGACAAGACCAAAGGAAGGCAUGACAGCCUGCUUAGCCAUGAUCGGCAUCGAGUAAAGCUCCACUCUCUGCUCGCAGACCCCAGCUCCGAUUAUGUCAAUGCCAACUAUAUAGACGGUUACCAGCGAUCAAAUCACUUCAUCGCCACUCAAGGCCCCAAGCAGGAGAUGAUCUACGACUUCUGGCGGAUGGUUUGGCAGGAGAACUGCUUCAGUAUCGUCAUGAUCACCAAGCUGGUGGAAGUGGGCAGGAUGAAGUGCUGUAAGUAUUGGCCUGAUGACACCGAGCUCUACGGUGACAUUAAGAUAACGCUACUGAAGACAGAAACACUGGCGGAGUACACUGUGCGCACCUUCGCCAUGGAGAGGAGAGGUUACCCUGCCAAGCACGAGGUGUGCCAGUUCCAUUUCACUUCGUGGCCCGAGCACGGGGUGCCGUACCACGCCACCGGCCUGCUGGCUUUCCUGCGCCGGGUCAAGGCCUCCACACCUCCGGACGGGGGGCCUGUGGUGGUCCACUGCAGUAUGGGGGCAGGCAGGACCGGCUGCUACAUUGUGCUGGAUGUCAUGCUGGAUAUGGCCGAGUGUGAAGGAGUGGUGGACAUCUACAACUGUGUGAAAACUCUCUGCUCCCGACGCAUCAACAUGAUCCAGACUGAAGAGCAGUACGUGUUCAUCCACGAUGCCAUCCUGGAGGCGUGUCUGUGCGGAGAGACGGCCAUCCCCGUCAACGAGUUCGCUCUCACCUAUAAGGAGAUGCUGAAGGUCGACUCUCAGAGCAACACCUCGCAGCUCAGAGAGGAGUUUCAGACUCUGAACUCGGUGACCCCUCACCUGGAUGUGGAGGAGUGCAGCAUUUCUCUGAUGCCGAGGAACCGCGAGAAGAACCGCAGCAUGGACGUCCUGCCGCCGGACCGCUCCCUGGCCUUCCUCGUCACCGCCGAGGGCGAGAGCAGCAACUACAUCAACGCGGCGCUCGCCGACAGCUUCCUCCGACCCGCCGCCUUCGUGGUGACGCCGCACCCGCUGCCCGGCACCACCACCGACUUCUGGAGGCUCCUGUACGACUACGGCUGCACCUCGGUGGUGAUGCUCAACCAGCUCAACCAGUCCAACUCCGCCUGGCCUUGUCUGCAGUAUUGGCCUGAACCGGGGCUGCAGCAGUUUGGUCCGAUGACGGUGGAGCUUCUGUCGAGGACGGCGGACGAUGACGUGAUCAUCCGUCUCUUCCGGGUCCAGAACAUCACUCGGCUUCAGGAGGGUCAGCUUGUGGUGCGUCACUUCCAGUUCCUGCGCUGGUCCCCGUACCGCGACGUGCCCGACUCCAAGAAAGCCUUCCUCAGCCUGUUGGCUCAGGUUCACAACUGGCAGAUGGAGUGUGAGGAGGGACGCACCAUCGUGCACUGCCUGAAUGGCGGCGGUCGAAGCGGUACUUUCUGUGCCAGCACCAUGAUCCUGGAUAUGAUCCGUCACCACAGCAUGGUGGACGUGUUCUUCGCUGCCAAAACGCUGCGUAACUCCAAGCCGAACAUGGUCGAGACGAUGGAGCAGUACCGGUUCUGCUAUGACCUGGCCCAGGAGUAUCUGGACUGCCUGGAAGUCAGAUAGCACCAAUCCCUCACCUCUGGUCCCUCCUCCAGGAGCAGGUCUGGAUCCUGGAUCUGAGCUCCUGCCUCCUCGGUCCAUGUACACAGCUCUUCUUCGCCACGCCUGGAUGAAACGUUGUCUGCCAUAAAGACUGAUAGAGAAAGCUCACUGGACAACUUGUAACAUACUACUGAGUGACACCCUUUUUGCUUUUCCUCGGCGCUCUGAUCCAACCUGUCGUGCCACUUUACAUCUGCCGAACCAGAGGACACUUAACAGGUGUUCAUUUUAUACACGAGCAGCCGGACUCGCCGCCGUACGCGGCAGGAUUCAAAGUGCUCAGCUGUUUCCUGCCUUACUACGAACAAACACUGAGAGGGAACAACAGUUGAUGCCAACCACUGGGUGAUAUUUUGUGUUUGUUUGUAACACUGUAAAUGGUGCAAUCUGCUGUUGGUGAACAUCCCAUGUCGUACUGUACUAUAUUUGAACUUUAUCGUGGGUGAGGCUGAAGGUAACCUGAGGGUGGGAUGGACAGAUCUGUACAGUAGAGUUGUCUUGGACCUAAUUUCUCUUUAUUUAUUUUCAGUGUAUAUAGAUGUUUCCUUUCCUCCUUCCCCCGGGUGUUUCUAGAUGUUCUGAACGUCUUCUCAAUGUGCCAAUCCAUUCUCUCUGUGUCUGUAAACGGGACCCCCCCUUCAGCAUCUGCAUGCCCAGUCUUAAGUGUUUCAUUGCAGUGUGUGGCCCGAGUCUGCUUCCGGACGGAUUCUGCAACGUGAAUCCCUCUGCUAGUCCCGAGAGAGCUCCGUAAGAACAACCGCGUGUUGCUGUGAGAAUACGGCGGGAAAUCUGUCGCUUUCUAAAUUUGUAUUUAUUCAAUGUGUUUUAUUUUCUAAAUAGUGUAUAAAACAGGAAAGUAAAUAAAAUAUGUUGUUGCUUAACAA